CUAUCUAUAUAUAUUCUUUUUGACAUAAAAUUGUCUCUUUUAGUAUUUUUAAAAAUACUUUGUUUUGUUUACAACUAAUGCAUAUUUAUAAUUAUGACUAAAAGUGCAAAUGAACGCCUACUGUUUGAUGAGAAAUAAUUGAAGAAUAUUUUAUUUUGUUUUAAGAUAAAUACUUAAUAAAAAAAUAUAUCUUCAUCACAAUGUCAACAAACACAUUAAAUAUAAAUAAGAAAGUAAUUAGAUGUGGAUGGCUAAAUGAUGACCCACUAUAUAUAUCAUACCAUGAUAAUGAGUGGGGAAAGCCAGCUUAUGACAAUAGAUACCUUUUUGAAAUGCUCUGCUUGGAAGGACAACAAGCAGGAUUGUCAUGGAUAACAAUUUUGAAAAAACGUGAUAACUACCGUAAACUUUUUUAUAACUUUGAUCCAAUUAAAAUCAUUAAAUUUAAUGAUAAUGAUGUGGAAAGGCUUUUAUCUAAUCCUGAUAUUGUUAGACAUAAAGGUAAAAUUGAGUCAAUAAUAAACAAUGCAAAAUGUUACAUUGAUAUGAAAUUAAAUGGAGAAGAUUUUUCUAAAUUUGUCUGGAACUUUGUUGACAAUACUCCCAUUGUCAAUAAUUGGACAAAUGAUAAAGAAGUGCCAUCCUCAACCGAAAUCUCUGUUGCAAUUUCUAAGGCUUUAAAGAAAAAGGGAUUUAAAUAUGUUGGCUCAACUACUUGCUAUGCAUUUAUGCAGGCUUGUGGCUUAGUUAAUGACCAUGUUACUGAUUGUAUCAGUAGAAAUUAAACCUUCUUAUUUAGUUUCUUAUAUAAAUUAUUAUUUAUUCAUA